AUGUGUCAACGAACAUUUCUGUUCUUUCUUCAGGCCUCCGAUUUCAGGUUUGCCCUUGAAAGAUCUACAAAUUGGCAGUUUCCUGGGCGCAAAGUUCAGUUCAGUCUCACAAUAGACAUCCCUGUGUCCACCCCCCUAAGAGUCAAAAUUAAACUUCCGUUCUUUGGCAGCCCAAUAAUGCGACUCACAGAAGCUAAGUACUCUUCAGUCAACAAGCACCUCACCUCUAGCGUCAACACAACCGCAAUGACGUCCUCAGCAAAGGACGGCCUGAACGACAUAGCGUUCUUUGAACUCGGGAAAAUAACGCGGAGCCCAUCUGUGAACAAUACUGAAAUCAAGAUCGAUUUUGAGGUGCAGCUAUUGAAUCAUGCCAAUAUUACUAAUGGCGGUGCGCAGUGGGUGCGCGUCGGCGCAGAGUACAUAAAUCAAUCCGUAUGGGCAGCACAGGUGGGGAUCAAGACCAUCAACACAGCAGUCAGCAGACCAGAUUUGAAGGUUUCACUCUCUCCUGACAAUGACGGUUAUUACAUACUUUUGGGGUAUGAUACACCAUCAGGCUUAUUGUCUAGUAAAUCUGUUUCCAAGGAAUUUUGAAAAUCCUUGAAACAAACCAACUGUGAGAUCUGUAUUUUUGAGUGACGAUUACUGGCUAGACGUAUACUCUUUAAUUGCUAAGAUGUCAUCCAAGCUAAAGUCGAUGAUCAUUUCGGCAUACUCUGGUUUCUCGUGUUCAGUCAAUGCAUCUCUGAAAAGGGUACAUUUCUUUGCCAUGGCGAUAACUGCAUUCUUCAUUUCAACAACGUACCUAGAAGUAACGAUUAUUUUAUUUGUCAAGUUAGUCUCCAGUAUUCAAGCAUUUCUUGCCAUCGACUACUUGAUAUGUGUCAUUGUUUUCUUUUUCUUCAUUGAUCAGAUAUUCAUGGGUUGUGUGGAUAGUAUAAAUCAUAAAUGGCGCUUGGUCUUACCUAGUACUAGCAAUUGCUGUUGCCUAAAAUGGAGGGCCAAAAAUCCUUGGCACGAUUUUUGAAAAUUACCUUCCUUCAACAGCGCUAUAAUACCAAAUAUGCAAUGCAAUUAGAGCAUACUAUCCACUUUUGAAAUAGUUUGAAUGCCUCGAAUGGCCCUCCCCUCUCCUCCCCCUUCAAACAAUUUUGGAAUAAACAAACACUUUUCAGGACAGGUUAAAGUGGACAGAGUGCACAAAAAGCAACUUAAUUUGCUGAAGGGAGAGGGGAGAAGGGAUUCAGUUUAAGUCCCUGUUGUAGGGCCCGGCCUUGGCUGAAAAGUAAAAGGAGACUGAUUAUAUUUGAUUUACAAAAUCACAGCUUUGGUUUCUACAUUUAGUUAUCAUUCAUUUUUGCAUUGUUUUGUUUUUUUGUUUUUGUUUUUUCUGAAAAAAGGAAGCAAACCAAAUUCCGCCUGACACUGACUCAUUCGUGUGUGACAACUGAGGAGGUGGGAAGUGGAAUUAUUGAAUGGCCUCUACCCCCGGUCCUCACACUGACCAGUUGGAAAACAGUGGGAAAAUCGAUUAACCUCAUUGAUGUGUUCAACAGUACUACCAUGGUGAUUUUCAAGGUAAUAGACAGAUAAAGAUGUUGACUAGCACAAAUUAAUGAUUCCAGGGUUUCACUCAUUUCAUUUUGUGGUUUUCAGUUUGGACCUAUGAAGUUUUGGGAGACGAUCGACCUGAGGGUAACCUUUGGUAUUGAUUUGCACAAGACAAGAGCCGAUGGCAAAGUAUAUGAUUUAACCACUCAUGUAAACGUCAAGUACAAUGGAUCAGGAGGAGCAUGCAGCUCGUUCUCGGCCUUUCGCGAGUUUACCACUGAAGGGCCAGCCACAGUUUCUGUCAAGUAUUAUGUCCCACGUAAGUUUGAACCGAGCCAAUACGUCAGGUAUUCACUUUUACGGGGUAUUUGGACUAUAAGCUAAAUUAAAAAUAGCGCUUGUAUUAAAGAAAGUACUAAAAAAAUUACUCGUAUGUAGGGGUAAAAAACACGGAUCUCAAAAAAGGGAAUUUAAGUGAAGGACUACACUGAAGCUAAUUUCUCCUAAUCUCUCUCAGAAGAAGAAGAUUAGCAAUUAAUUCCGCAAUUCCAAGACCUUAAUUUUAUUAUUUGCAUAAUAUUGACUUAAUAUAUUUUGGCAUAAUUUCCUUAAUGUGAAGAAAUAAAGUGCUUGGCAAUUUCUCUCAGUCCAUGCGCAAUGCCAUUCUUUUUUCUUUUUUUUUUUUUGUAGUAGGGUCGUGUGAUCAGGCCCUCGGUAUGACGGAUGGGAGCAUCGCUGAUUCCCAGAUCACUGCUUCCUCUUAUGAUAUGGGCGGGGAACCACAUGAGGGAAGACUGAAUGGCAACAAAGCUUGGAUACCUUAUAGUCAGCUAGCGUAAGUCACGUGUUAACCUCGAAGAGCGUCUUUUGAUUAUUGCAGAUGAAGUUUAGCAGCGAUAUUGCUUGGGCAAACGAUUGGAAACUAGGGUAGGCUGAAAACGGAGCUGAGCCCCUCAACGUGAAUCCCAGUAAAACAGCACAAGUGAGAAUUUUGAAUUUCGAUUUAAUAAUUAAAAGUGACUAGUAAUACCACAUUGUCCUGGACUUCAUUUUCUUCGUCGGCAGUUGUCAUAGCGCAAUUCCUUCAAACUAGAAAUUCGCAUCACCCACCGCGUCACUUUGAUUUUAAACAAAUUUGGCAUAACAUCUCCAACGUCUGCCCGCGAACAUCGUGGUUUGCAAUGUGACUUGUCCGACGACUGACACAAAAAUCGGGAAGAUUUCCGUAAAACCCCAUACAUUAAUUAUGCAUACACCUAUUACUCAAAGAAAACAAAAGUCAGAACAACAAUACUAAGCCGCUGGGAUUUCGACUAUUAUUUUUAAGAUUUCUAUUUUUUCUUUUCAAGACCUUUUUGCUUGAGGAAACCUCACACUUGAAAAAUAGGCGUGUUAUACCUGUCCCUCUUGGGUACAUGAUAUAUUUCACCAGGCACCAGGUGGAUUUAAUGUGUUUACCUGUAGAACUAUACUGGAACUUCUACACAGAUGAAUAGAGAGCUGAAUCGAAAUUUGGCACGCGCAAAGAACUCUUCGUCCUUAAUUAAUAUUUUAAAGUACAGUCGAACCUCUCGGAACGGAUACCUCUAUAUUACGGACAGUUUCUAAUGUCCCGACAAAAUUCUCAUAUAUUUUCUUUAAAGAAAACCUCUAUAAUACGGACUCUCUCUAAUACGGACUACGGACACCAAAUCUCGGCCCAAGAAGAGUAAAUUCAUAUAAACUUAACCUCUUUAUUACGAACACUGCGGUGAUCAGGUGAAUCCCGAAUCCCAAUCAAGUGAAUCUGCACAGGGUGAAUCCCGUCUGGCUGAUGAGCUAUGCAAGGUGACUUCAAAAGCCCGUCGCUGUAUGUCAAACGACGAUUUGCAAAAGAGGGCAGAGGAACAUAACCGACUUCUUGAAGGCUUGAAUAACUACAGAUAGCAUAAAGAUCUUUUCUAUUAUACGUUUUACUCUAGUUACUGUUUACUGCACUUAUUGCGAAAAACGCUUUCACAAUUUGAGCUUUUUUUACAUGCAGCAUUUCGCUGUAGCUCGUUUCGUUUUGAAAUAGUUAUUUUUCUACGACUGUACGUACGUAGCAGAUAUGUACUAUUUUGUAUGCUAUUGAAAGACAGUGUCUGUACCGUGAAUUAAUGAACUUAAAUGCAGUUUAAAGACGAGUUUAAGCGUGGUUUUAAGUGGAGUCAUAAAAGUGACGUCGUCGUAGUGACCUCUUUUAUACGGACACCUCUCUAAUACGGACACUUUACUCUGUCCCUUCGGUGUCCGUUUUAGAGAGGUUCGACUGUAUGAAAAUGGUGUAAAUGAGUCACGUGAUAUGAUUCGUGACCGUUUUUUACAAAAUUUUAAAUAUUUGACUAAUUAGUGACGAGUUAGAGAGGAUAAAGGGGACAGAGAAGGCAUCCCCCAUACCCACCAUAUUCCAUAGGUAAUUCGUCUCGAGCUAUUUUUAAGACCUUAGAUCCCAAGGGGGAUUAAACAACAGCCAAUCACAUAGCGCGAAUGUGUUCCGCGUGGAUGACCCACGUUCAGAGCCACGUGUCCUUCACGAAUUGACGCAGAAAAAAAUGGCGGAAGACGCGGAGAGCGAUAUUGCUAUUUGUUUUGUCGACGAAAACGACUAAAGAGAGAUUUCUGCUAAAGCUGUGUCAGCGAAACCGAAAUUAAAAAAAGAAUCGCCCUUCCUCUCUUGUAAAGAGCUAACAGUACAGCAGGGAAAUCCUUAACACACUGAAUAUUCUCUCAGGAUCAUUUAUAAUUUACAGUUUGAAGAGAGCAAUUUCUGGUUUGAUAUUUAUUCUUUUAUUAGUCUUUUAUUAUUCAACAAAAAUAACACUUGGCGUCCUACUUGCUUUAUUGUACAAACGACCGGUUUCAAUAGACCGGCAAAAUUUCUCAUUUUAUUAAAGCACUGAGGUUACGACAACUUUGAGUUAAAUUGAUUUCACGGGUUGUCAAAGAGUCCAGCGAUUUCCUUUUCCAGGUGAGCGCCGACUCAUUUCGCUUCAAUAUUCAUAAAUGCUCCCGAUCUCUUUACGCUUUCGUUACCUUUCGCCCGACAUGUUUUGCAUGCUCUUGCAUGUUCUACGGAAAUUAUUCGACAUUAGAUUCUCAUACAAACACUGUAAUUUCUCACGCGUUUGCCUACUCGUCAAGAUGGCGUCGAAAACCGUGACAAGGUCUAUUUAAUAAAAUUCAAAGUCAUAUAAAAAAUUGAUUACUCAUAAGCGAUUCUCACGAUUACUUUGUACCUUAGGCGGAUGACAAACCAGCACCUCGAGGUUAACUUCACUUGCAAAGUCAUGAUUAACAGACUUGUCACCAAGUGUCUUGGUAAAAACUGCGUCAAGAGCUUUUUCCUGUUUUACAGUAAAGAUGGACAUAUUUUUAAAUCCUACAAGUUGGGCAGCAAAAACAUGGUAACCGGACGUCCCUAGAUGAUCUUUUGAGUAAUAUGUUCUGAUGAUCAUUCGAUUUAAAAUCUUAGUUCCGCUGGUAUAUAUGUCUGAUGUUGCACGUACAUCUUUACACCCUAAGUAUCGGCAAUCUACAUAUCGCCUGAGUGUAUAGAAUUAACAUUCUUAAAGCAAUUCUUCGUGCCUGCGUCCUUUGAACACUCACAGGCUUUAUUUAUUUAGGCUUUAAUUAUUGCUGCUGCUUGUUGACUUUAGGUUUUUCCCGCCAACACCAAUGGUAACGAUCCAGCGGUCAUUAUCCUACCGGUGCCUAUAGAAGCAGUGGCUGUCCGCCUUAGUCCUAAUGCCUGGGAAAACAGCAUUGCCCUUAAACUGGAGUUUUACGGAUGCGUACUGGAUUGCCCUUUUACUCCAGGUAACGGGAAUUAGUUGUUUUGUCGAUUGGAGAUUCAUACAAAAUGAUGUUUGAAAUAAUCUGGCGUGUAUAUAGGCGAAUCUUUGUUUACAUUUUUAGCCUCAUAUUAUGCUCAUCAUUAUCUGAUGAAGCUUAUAAAUUAAAACCUCUGAAUAGUGAAAGAGCAUAACAAUUUCAGUUGUCUCUGAAAAUUGAAGUGCGAUAUUCCGUAUGAUUUCGGAAAAAUUUUAUCUUAAAAACUCGAAAUUUAUUCAUAAUGUAUGGCUCAUUAACUUUUUCGCCACCCAGCAAUUUCGCAGUUUUCGAUGGUUGAUAAUUCCUUCAACAUUGCUUGCAAAGAGCUGAAAAUUGUACAAAACUGCUCAAGUUAACCAGCUUUUUCAACUUUUGGAUUUAGUUCAUUUAUGCGGCCACGACUUAAUCUAUGGGUUAAGUCGUAUGAAGAUGCGGAAAAUGUUAACAAUGACGUCAGCAAAAAUUCGUCCAUUAACUUGCGCGUAUGCUAUGGCUGAUGUUGCCUUUUCGUUUUACUACUUACAGUAAUUGUUUAUCAUUAUAAUUAUAAUUGUUAUUAACAUUAUUACUUGAUUUUUUAAUACUAUUAUAAAAAAAUUGUCAAAAAAUUUGUAAAAUGCAUCCUAACACUUUGGAAGGACUCCGAAAUGCAUGCCUGGGCAUUGAUGUCCUUCUCCCAAAAAAAAUCUUUGGGAGGAAGGCUCAAUUAGUGUGUUUAACUAUACAGACAAUUUGCAAAAAACUACUAAUAAUAAAAAAUUCGUCAUCCUCACUUUCUUAAUACCAGCUUUUUUAACAGUUUCAGUAAUAUACAGCGCUUACAAUAAAAGGUGAAUAACAAACAAAUAAUUUCACAAAUCGAACUUUCGAAACACAAAAUGCCAAGGUUCUGCAGUCUGCUUAUGGAAGUGUUCGAUUAGGAAAGAUACCAGCUUUUGUGCUUUGACUGUUUAAAGAUCUUGAAAACAUAUAGUUUGGAAUUGAGGAUUGUCUGAUCUCACAGGGAAAUUUGACUGUAGUUAAUUUAGAUAAAAAAAAUAUAAUUCAGCUAAAGAAGUGGCGAUUUUUUUCGUGCAGGACCGUUGACGUAUACCAGUCGUGGAUAUCUUUUGGACAAAAUAAACGACAUCAUGUGCGUUUGUAGUCUUUCUUUGGCAAGGUAAGUUUAUUCUUCCGAUCAAACAGGACGAAUGCAUAAGACAACAACGAAAAAAUGCACCGAACUUGUGCGAUUUAUAUUCUAAGGUCUUCUUAGGGCAAGUUAAAAGAUUACAAAGAAUAAAUUUUCAACUGAAGAUAAGGGCCUGGAGUACGGUGGAAAUCCGCAGGCCAAUAACACUACAGCAAGAAAACAAAACGACAAAAAACAAGGUGUCCUUGCUAUCAGGCUAUGCUAAUUUGUGCAUUGUCUAUUUUAAAGCCGUGGAGGAAACGUUAUUUUCCUUUGUUUUUUUCGUAUGGCAAUGUUUGUUCAUAGGUUAAAAGAUAAAGUUUAAAAUCAAACCCCUGAGAUAAACGAUUAAAUUCCACCAGCGCUUCAAGAAGAGUCAGGGUAAAGAAUGAAAGAGCGGUAUGCAGAGAAUGGUUCGCGUUGAGUUUUACGUUUCAGCGUGGUGAACUGCCUGAAUAUAGAAAAGUAACGUAAUUAAAAAGAUCCUUGAUGACUCGUUUUGAAACAAUUAUCUUGUUUUUACAGCUUCAAAAGGGGAUCAUCCACCUGUUUCUUCAGCAGGGACAGAGGUGCCUCAUGGACAGGUAGGAGUUUUAACCCUAUUCAGUCUGGGGGGUUUGGAGCACCCUCCCUCCUUGUUAAAGCAAAAGACAAUUGCAAAAGAAUAACAAAGUUAACUUUACCACCUAAUAUUUUGACCGGUCAAAAACGAGACUCGACAGGGCGAAAAUUUCUUCAGUGGCGGGUCAUCGAGCCCGGUCACCCUCCGAAAAGGGGUUAGGGGUAACAACAACAACAACAACAACAACAACAACAACAACAACAAAAAACACUGGAACAAUUAAUUGAAUCCCAAUUACCCUUUUUUUGACAGCAAUGCAUCAUAGUGUGAUUGCUCUCCUCGGAUAUGACGUUGCCAACAG